UAUGACUCUAGACUUUAGUAUCUUUCGAUAUGACUCUAGAGAUCCUCAGGUUUCAUGUCAGUUAAUAUCCGCCACUUUUGGUGACUCGUGCAGAAAUUUGUGUGCCUUAGCAAUCAGUCAGAAUAUCAUCAUGUGUUCAAUGAUUUCGAACUUUUUCAAUAUUCAGAUGGCACCAACUCAGGCUACCGUGGUCGCUCAGUUCCGCGAUUACCAUGCCGAGAAGUUCUCAGGGCAGGGAGACCCUCGCAUAGUUGACGAGUGGAUUCAGGGCCUGGAGUUUAUCUUCGAG